AUGCGCGGGAGGCAGCCGGGCUGUGGGGCGCUGGCCCACGCUCUGUCCCGCACGCCCGCCGGGGCGUCUCGGGGCGCUCUGCGGACCCCAGGCUCCUGCCCGGCCCGGAUUCCCCGCCGCCCGCGCGAGCGUCACCGAGGCCCGAGGCCCGCCUCCCCUCCCCGCCGCCCCCAGCAGGCACCUGCCGCUCUCCUGCCGCCAGCAGGCCCGGGCCCGGCGCGCCUGCCCAGCCCGCAUUCCCCGGAGCACUCACCGUCCCGGUCCGGCCGCCGCGCUGCUCCGGGAGCUGUGGAGGCGUCGGCAGCCCACUCUUCAUUCAAGUGCUCCCGGCAGGGCCCUCCCCCGCCGGGAAAGGCUCUGGCCCCGCCCCAACCGCGCCCCCGGGCCCGCCCACUGAAGGGGCAGGUGCGGGCCGCGGCGGGGACCGGGCGGGGGGAGCUGCGAGACCCCCCGGGCGAGGGGCUGGGGCCUGGACUGGGAGCCUCCUGCCCCGGGGCCACGGCCCAGGAUCCCAGCGCCCCUGGAGCCGGCGCGCUUGGGCUGCCCAGUCCUUCCCCAGCCGCAGAGUCACGGCCCCGCCGGCUGCCGGCGGGGACACCGAAGCCGAGCUGGGAAGGCUCCUCCCCAGGCCGCGCGGCUUCGAACUGGCUCGGGAUCCGGGCCCCUGCGACCCAGGCCGCUGGCAGAUGUCACGGGCGGGAGCGGAGUUUUGUGCCCCCAUCUUUAGGGACGGCGGCCGGUGGCCGGAGCCUGGUGCUGGAGAUCGGGUUUGGGCAGAGACGCAGUCUGCCCUCCCCUGCCAGGCCAGCGGGCUCCCAACUCCGAGCACCACCAUCGGGGACGCUGGGGACUGAGCUCCAGGAACAGCUGACUCCGCUGGCGGGGGGAGCCCGGCCGUGCGGGCAGCUCUGUGACGCAGGCGCCCGGGACCCGGGGGAGCCUGGAUCCUGGUGCCCGCAGAGCCCGGCCUUGCCCAGACCCGGCCUCGUCUGGACUGGCAUUUCCCAGGCAGGGAGCUCAGCGUCACGGCGGGCCCCCUUUCCACCCUCCUGUGCAGCGUCGACAGAGGGGGAAAGGCCCCUUGCGUCCAGAGGACAUCCCGUGCUCCGGGCUGGCCCGGCGCCCGCCCGGCAGGUCUGGGCGAAGGGGUGGUCAGCCGUCCCCUUGGCAGGGGCCGCACAUUCCAGAAGGACCUCACCUCAGAAACCAGAGAGUCGCCCCGCCAUCUGGCUGUUCCACCCCUGGGUGUUUGCUUCCAACGUCGGAGGCCGAGACGUGGAAAGACGCUCCCACAGCCACCGUCACGAGGGCCUGGCUGCUGCCGACCAGGAGGAAGAUGCCGAGGAAGGCCCUACGGCGUGUCCGUGUCCCCGGUCCGGGGCCGCUGCGGUGGGCCGCUCGUCACUGGAAGUUGAGCUAACCAGUCGGGGCGGCCCCCACCUCGCUCGGCCGAGGGGGAAGCCCGCCGUCCUGAACCCCACCUGCCCGUCCUGCGGCUGCCCGUCCCGCGGGCACUCACACCUCUUGUUUAGCCCCUCGCCCCUCCACAGACUGGUGGGGGCGGGGCGAGCCCGGAGCGGAUGCGGCUGAGGCACAGGGGGCCGCCGGCUGGUGCUCAGUCUACGGAGCCACACCAGCUGGGGCCAAAUUUAAAACUUCAAAUCCAACUCAGGCCGCUGGAAACCAUCACACGUGUGUGGAGCAGCUCAGGCGAACGGAUGUCCCCUCCUGACGACACACUUCACGGAGUUUGAGGACCGCCAACAGUUCCCGGCAAACGUGUCCCCGCUGCGUGGAGGCGAGCUGCCAGCCUAGAAGAGCGCACGCCAGAUUUCGAAGGCUCCGCGGAGGAAAAGGAAAUUAAAACACCUCAUUAAUAAUUCCUGAUGCCCGUGACAUGUUGAAAUGCUAGUGUGGGGUGAUAUUGGAUUAAGUUAAAAGCGAUGCAAAUGAAUUCCCCCUCGUUCAUGUAAAAAUCACA